AUGGCGGACCAAAGCUGGCUGCGGUUUCUUGGGGGCAACAGAGCUCGACAGCACGAUCUGAAGUACCAUGUCUCCGAAGCAACCCUACAAGACUUGUACAAAGAUCCUCCCAAAAGCAAAGAAGUGCAUGGCCACCGCGUGAAGAAGAGCAUGACACGACUCCCUAGCUGGCAAGGAGUAUCUCAGGCAAACCAAUCGACUACCACGGCGGCUGAGGCGGAAUACAGUUUGGACGAAGUAGACAAGUUGUUCAUCAAUGCAAACCAGCAGAUCUGGCACAACCCUUCCAUUGACCAAGUAGCAGAAACCUUGCAAGUUGCAGUAAUAUCCAAUCCUGCAAGCGAAGCACUUUCCGCAGAGUAUCGCUCGCAUAUCCUGCUCCUUUGCGAAGCUUAUGGUACUGGACACAGAAAGAUUGCCAAGCUCGAACGAGAGCUUGCAGAAGCAAAAAUGGCACUCAAGGAAGAGGCAAGUCGACACAGCUUCAUAGAAGAACACUGGAUGGUCCAGGAUGCACGGUACAAAGCUGAGGUCAAACGCCUUGAGAUGUUUAUUCAUCGAACGUCUGAUCAAGGCAUGGAGGCUGUGGCACUCGCUAGGGCCGGUAGUCUCCUCAGGGGAAGAGCUGGAGCUGCUACAAUCGGGCAAAGGGCCAUCAACAGUGACGUGGUCGACGAGGGCACUUCAAAUGGAGCCCCUGAAGUCACUGUCAAGAACGAACGUAAUCCCACCUUACUAACACGACAAGAUACAGUGUUAUCUCGAACACGGACCAUGGAUACCAGCAACGAGAUCAGGUUGAGCAGAGGGUUCCGGGUCCAGGAUCACCUCAAGAAGAAGAAAGUAACAGCCGGCGUUCGCCGACUUGAGACACAUGCAGACAGAGAUGGAAAGACACGCCCUGAGCAAGGCCGAGAAGAAAUGCAUCCACGAAGUGCUUCUAUGCUCUCAAUUGGUCCCGAUGGACGAGGCACAGCAGACAUGUCGCCACACAAAGAUAGUGCCAGGAGGGAGCGCGAUGCUUCCGAAGAGGCAGCCUCAAUGGAGGAGGUUGGCAUUGUUAGCCGGACAAACUCUACGUCCACAUCUCUCACACAAAACCAGUCAAGCCAGGAUACGGUUACUGAGCUCCGGUGCGAUCGAAGAAGCCACCAAAUUGACUCUCGACAUCAUCGUCAAUUCUCGUUUGUUCCUGGGGACGAUAUAACAGCUGUACGGUCGGGCGGGACCAGAGGGUCUGGAAAGGCUCUUGGUCAACAUAUACAGAAGAGUCAGGCACCGACGACUAGUAGAGAGGCUGUUCGUUUCUGUGAAGAGAAUCGUAGGUCGAGAUCAGUCGAGUGGAUACGGAUGAUAGAGCAGCGGUCAUCGGACAUUGACGACAACCCUGGAGCGUCAGACCUGCGACUCUAG